UAUUAUUUUAACAGAGACAACGAGAGGGAUCUCCAUUAUGUGCAGGAGUAUGAGCCUGAAAACGAGGACAACAAACAUCUCCGGAUCCUUCUGUACGGACCCGUCGGGGCUGGGAAGUCCAGCUUCAUCAACUCCGUCAGCAGCAUCAUAAAAGGCCGACUGACUACUCCGGCUUUGGCCAGUUCAAUCACCUCUGACAAAAGUUUCACCAAAAAAUAUGAAACUCAUAAAAUCAUGAAAGGAAGAGGACAGUCAAAGACAUAUUAUCCUUUCGUCUUCAAUGACGUCAUGGGUCUGGAGAAUGGGGACGGAGACGGAGUUCGUGCUGAUGACAUCAAACUGGCCCUGAAUGGACAUGUUAAGGAAGGAUACAAGUUCAACCCGGUAUCUCCACUGACUGCUAAGGAUCCAUGGUACAACCCAAAUCCCUCUGCAGACGACAAAGUCCAUAUUCUGGUUUGUGUGUUUUCUGCCAACUCAGCAGAAAUUACAGACUCAGUUCUGAAGAAGAUGGCGGAAAUCAGGGAGGUAGCCAGUGAUAUCGGGAUUCCCCAGAUGGCAAUAGGCACCCAAGUUGAUUUAGCCUGUCCUGAAACUGAGAAGGAGCUGAGGAAUGUGUACAAGAGCAAGCACAUCAAGAAAAAGGUGAAAGACUUCAGCGCUGCAGUUGGAAUCCCUGAGAACUGCAUCUUCCCUGUGAAGAACUACAGUGAAAAGGAAGAUAAAGACGUCAUCACUCUGAUCCUGAGUGCUCUGAGACAAAUGAUCGACUUCGGAGACGACUUUAUUGAGAAAUAUAGCUCAGCGUAA